AUGACGAUCCGAUUCCCUGUUGAUAGUGAUGCCGUUGAGGGUGAAACAUUCAAAUAUCAAAAUCAAUUGCCAAAGCUUCCUAUCCCAGACUUGAAUGAGACUGCAAAACGUUAUCUGAAUGCUUUAAAGCCUUUACAAACCCCCGAAGAGCAUGAAGUAACUAAAAAGGCCGUUCAAGAGUUUUUAAUCAAUGAAGGUCCUAAGCUUCAAGAAAAAUUAAAAACUUAUGCAACAGACAAGUCAUCUUAUAUUGAAGAAUUUUGGUACGACUCUUACCUCCAGUUUACUGAUCCGGUCGUAUUAAACUUGAACCCUUUUUUCUUGUUGGAAGAUGACCCCACACCUCUGCGUAACAACCAAAUUGUCAGAGCAUCUUCCCUUAUCUAUUCCACAUUGACCUUUGUUCAUGCACUCAAAACCCGCCAUUUGGAGCCCGAUGUUAUCCGUGGUAAGCCUCUGUGUAUGUCCCAAUUUCACCGCCUGUUUGCUACCUCACGAGUGCCUACUGAAGAGGGAUGUCAUAUGGUCCCUCAUCCAGAGAGUCGUCAUAUCGUUAUCAUGUCGCAUUCUCAAUUUUAUUACUUUCAAGUCUUUGAUGAAUCGGGUGAUUUUACAUUGACCGAAAAGGAAAUUGCCGCAAACUUAAAGGCCAUCCAAAAGGAUUCUGCAAAGACACCAGCGGCAGAGGUAGCAAAAAGGGCCGUCGGUGUAUUUACAACUGAAAAUCGUCGUAACUGGGCCAGGUUGAGACGUCAGCUGGAAAGUGAUGAUGUAAACAGAGAAGCAUUACAUUUAGUAGAUGAAGCCUUGUUUAUUGUCUGCCUUGAUCAUGUCCAGCCAAAGUCAAGUGAAGAACUUAGUAAUAAUAUGCUAUGUGGUACAUAUAAUCUUGAGCAAGGUGUACAGGUAGGCACAUGUACGAACAGAUGGUACGAUAAGCUACAGAUCAUUGUUUGCCAAAAUGGUAGCGCGGGAAUCAAUUUUGAGCACACAGGCGUUGAUGGACAUACGGUGUUAAGAUACGUCUCAGAUAUCUACACUGAUACUAUCUUACGCUUUGCGAAGACAAUCAAUAGUCAAACUCAAUCCAUUUUUCACAGCUAUCGUCAAAGAAGAGAUAGCAAUGCUAUGGCCGCUAGAGAAAAGUUGAAUGAAAAUAAUUUCGUAAGCUACUUUGAUCAUAAUCCUAGGAAAAUCGAAUGGAACAUGACAGAAGAAAUUGAACUGGGCGUAAAGUUUGCAGAAACAAGAUUGAGCGAUUUAACUCUGCAGAAUGAAGUAAAAGUACUUGAAUUUGAUAAAUACGGCAAGCAUUUCAUUACAGACAUGCGAAUGAGUCCUGAUGCCUUUGUGCAGAUGGCUAUACAAGCUGCUUAUUAUGGGCUCUAUGGUAAACCUGAAUGUUCUUAUGAACCGGCCAUGACAAAAAUGUUUUUGCAUGGUCGUACGGAAGCCAUUAGAACAGUAACGGACCAGUCUGUCGAAUUUGUCCAAAAAUUCUUUGACCCCAAAGUCUCUUGUCAUAAUAAGCUCGAAGCUCUACGUACUGCUCUCAAAACUCACACAAAGAACACGCGUGAGUGCUCGCAGGGGUUAGGCCAAGACCGUCAUUUGUAUGCUUUAGAGUGUCUAUGGGCUAGAAUGCACAGAGAUGAGCAGAAGCCUCGUAUUUUUACUGAUGCUGGCUGGCGUACGUUGAAUCAUACGGUUAUUAGUACCUCUAACUGUGGAAAUCCUGCUCUUCGAUUGUUUGGAUUUGGUCCUGUGGUGGCAAAUGGUUUUGGUAUUGGUUAUAUAAUCAAGGAUGAUCGUAUUUCGUUUGUAGCCUCUUCUAAGCAUCGACAAACUGAACGAUUACUUCAAACAUUACAAAAAUACUUGGUUGAAGUCAAGACAAUGCUUUUGAAUGAAAAAUAUCCUGGUGGUGUUUCUCAACGUCAGCGCAUUCUUGCACUUGAAGAAGAAUAUGAUCAUGGUGAUGGUUAUACUUAUUAUGAUACUGGAGAUAGACCUUCAAAGGCAAAUGGUAUUCAUCGUAAAAUUGGUAAAAGGUUAAUUAUACAGGAAAAUGACGAAUAA